UUAGAGAGAGAGAGAGAGAGAUAGAGAAAUCACAACGCUGGUGAUGAUUUGAAUUUAUGUUUCGCUCGGCUAUUAUAUGGUUUUAAUAAGUAAAUAAUGUUCGAAUUUUACACAGUGUAACACAAUAAGAGACUAGUAUCACUGAAUAUGGACUCUCUUGAUCUGGACAAUACAGUUUUGAACUCCAUAGCAUUUGAAGAUUAUGAUGUAAAAACGGAUAAUACUUUUGACAAACCUACAAAUAACUACUUCAAGCAUAUAGGUAAAUCUAGUGGCAUCGAUUCUCUAUCUUCGUUCGAAACUGUUGAUACCACUGGUUUGUCACCAAACCAUGAUUUAUUAUCAAAAAAUAAACGACACAUUGAAUCCACUCCUGUAUCUCAGGAAAAACGUUUGAAAACGGAUGAUGCAUCCUUCGCCCAAAACAAACAACACAAUGGAAUUUUACAAAAUACCCUAGAUUGUGUGAACGUGUCAAAAACGGUAUGUAGAAAUAAUAAUGCAGAUAUACCUGAGUUUGAUGCUUUUGCAAAUUAUUUACAUAACUCUUUCUCACCAAAAAGUGGAAUCUGUAUGCAACUGUUGCAGAAAGAAAAAUGCUGUGCAUUUCAAGAAAAUGAAGAAAAUAAUUUAAUGGAUUCUACACAGUUCAUAAGCACUCAAGCUAUUGAUGAAAUUGAAAGCACAAUCGAGUCAAAAACCACCAAUUGUAAUUCAGUAACGUCUGAUGAAACCUCAAAAUUACCAUUGCUACUAUCUUUCAGAGAGAGGCUAAAAUUCAAAGAGUGUGUUAAAGAAACCAGCAUUGAUAAAGAAAUCGGUGAGAGAUCUGUUCUAUUUGAAAAUGAAGAAAUAACAACACAGUAUAGACAAGAAGUUGAUAAUCUUUUUGAACAAAUAGAACAUUCCAUUUAUGCAAUGGGCAUUGAAAAUGCUGAGCAGAGUGUUUCUGACAAAAUCUUAGAUAUUAUCUUCAGCGAUGACUUGAAAGAGCAUCAAGACAGUAAUCAUGAAAAUACUGAAACAGCUAUGCAGUGGCCUGAAGAAUCUGGUUUAACUGGGAGUAACUUCAAUUUGAGCUUUAGUAGUGUCAUCAGAAAAGCUUUGAUCAAUAAUGCUUCUAAAACACACCCUAGGAAAGCCUUUGAUUCCACUUUGAAUUUGACAUUUUCUGAAAAAGUAGAAUUUCAUAAUUUAGGACCAUUUUAUGGUAUGCCUGCUAAAGUCAAAGAUCUGAUCAAGCAAUACAAAGGAAUAGAUAAUUUGUAUGAUUGGCAAGAAGAAUGUUUAAAAUUACCUGCCAUAGAAAAUAAAAAGAAUUUGAUAUAUGCUCUUCCUACUAGUGGCGGCAAAACACUGGUGGCAGAAAUACUUAUGUUUCGUGAAGUAAUGUGUUACAAACGUAAUGCUUUAUUGAUUUUACCAUAUGUGUCAAUCGUGCAAGAAAAGGUGUGGGCUUUAUCUCCCUUUGGAGUAGCUUUGGAUUUUCUUGUAGAGGAAUAUGCAUCAAGUAAAGGUAUAUAUCCACCAAGGAAAAGAAGAAGAAAAAAUUGUGUUUAUGUUGCCACAAUAGAAAAAGCAUUAGGUAUUGUAAAUAGUCUCAUUGAAACAGGCCGAAUGAGUGAAAUAGGACUUAUAGUUGUUGAUGAACUUCAUCUUAUUGGAGAAGAAGGAAGAGGUGCUACAUUGGAGGCUACUCUAACCAAAAUCAUUUAUAUAAAAGCAAAUACUCAGAUAAUAGGAAUGAGUGCUACAAUAGGUAACCUACCAGACAUCUGCAAAUUCCUAGAUGCUGAUGUUUAUACCAAAAAUUUUAGACCAGUUGAAUUGACAGAAUAUGUUAAAGUUGACAAUGAAAUAGCAAAAAUAAAUUGGAAUUACUCCAAAGAGGAAGAAUUGCUGAUUGACAACAAAAAAAUAAAUUACAAGUAUUCUAAGUCGAUAUUAAAAAUGGACCCUGACAUGAUAGGAGGUCUUGUUACAGAUGUGAUCCCCAACAGUUCCUGUUUGGUAUUUUGUGCCACUAAAAAAAAUUGUGAAAAUGUUGCGAGUUUAUUGUGUAAACUUUGUAAGCCUUCAUUAAAAAACUAUAAAAAAUCUGAAAAGGAACAAUUGCUUCAUGCACUUAAAGAUGAAUGUGGUGAAUUGUGUAAUAUUUUGGAACUCUCUGUGCAAUAUGGAAUUGCUUAUCAUCAUUCAGGUCUGACUAAUGAUGAAAGAAGAAUUAUUGAAGAAGGAUUUCGAGCAGGCAUAAUUUAUGUGAUAUGUUGCACCUCAACUUUAGCAGCUGGUGUGAAUUUACCUGCUAGAAGAGUUAUCUUACGAUCUCCAUACAUUGGAAGAGAAUUUAUCAAUCUGUCACGUUACAAGCAGAUGGUCGGUAGAGCUGGAAGAGCUGGCUUAGAUGAAGCAGGGGAUAGCAUACUUAUCGUCCAACCUCAAGAUUUACCAAAAGUAAAGGAGUUUCUAAUGUCACCUAUGAAUAGAGCCCAUUCAAACAUGCAUCUUUUCGAUGGCAAAGGAUUGAGGCAUUUAUUAUUGAGUUGUAUAAGUUUGGGUAUUGCAAAUACAAGAAUACAGUUACAAAAAGUGACACAACACACAUUAUUAGCUGUUCAGUCAAACAAGUUAGAAGUGAACAUUAAAAUAUUGACUGAUAAAGUCAUUAAAAAUUUAUUUAAGCUGGGUGCUUUAAAGGAAUCAUGUGGAAUUCAAAAAACAGAGUCUUCUAACACCAUUUGUGAUAUAUCUGUAAAAAUGGAUACUUCCGUUGUGGACACGACUGUUGGGGAAGUUGUCACAAGAACUCCUACAAAACAAAAAAAAACUGUAGUACUCACAAAUGAUACCAAACUAAUUGUUAGUGAGUUGGGUUGUGCAGCAAUUAAAGGUGGUUUAGAACUUUCCAGGGCUCAUCUACUUUAUGAAGAUCUCCAUCAAGCUCAGUCUUGUCUAGUUUUACAAGGUCAUUUGCAUUUACUUUAUUUGGUUACUCCCUAUGAAACUGCAGAACAGAUCAGACCCAAUAUGCAAGUAUAUUAUGAAAUGUUCACACAUCUGAAACCCAAUGAAUUGAAAGUAGCUAAAACUCUUGGACUAACCGAAUCAGUGGCUGUCAAAAUGUUAUCAAACAAUCCAAUAAAGAAUGUACCGGAAAGGGUUAUUAACAGAUUUUAUGUUACCUUAAUGAUCUAUGAUUUGUGGAACGAAAUGCCUGUGUUCAAAGUUUCUGAAAAAUAUCAGGUUAGUUUUAACUUUUUCGUCGAAGUGCAGUCCUCUAUUUCAAACGAACUGAUGGAGAGUAUUGAGUUUAUGUCAAGACGAACUGCUAAUCAAAUAGUUGCUGCUUCAAAGAUGCUGUUGCUUGAAAGAGUGGAGAACUUGCGAGAAGAAGCUGAAGACGUUUUAGAUGGAGUUGAAAACCCUAACCAAUUUUUCAAUCAAACAGUCAUGAGAUAAUUAGUAUGUAAUCAAGUGAAAUUUACUUUGUAAAAAUGUUUAAUUACCGUUUUUUGUAUAAACAAGGAAGUAAACUUAAAGUAGGUAA